AUGUUCCCCCUCUUCAUUGCAUUAGCUUCUAUCUUCGCAGCCGCUUCGCUUCGCUGGUGGUUAGAACGAGUUUCUGUUAACCAUGUCAAGGGACCACCAUCUCCGUCUUUCUGGCUAGGCCAUCAGCGUGUCCUUCGCAGUCAAGAUGAAUUUGGCAAUGUCGAAACGAAAUGGUGCAGGGAAUAUGGCGCCAUCUACCGUAUCAAAGGCUGUUUUGGUGAUGUCCAUCGCCGUCAACGCAAGAUCCUGAAUCCGGCAUUCUCUCCUGCUAAUCUGCGGAAUUUUCUGGUUAUAUUUCAGCAGUGUAGCGAUAAGGUUGUAAACGCUAUCAGAAGAGCUACUUUUACUGGUGAACCAAUCGAUGUUGUCCAUUGGAUGAGCAAGGUCUCUCUCGAUAUAAUUGGUCUAAGCGCUUUUCGAUACGAUUUCGGUUCACUGGAUGGUCGGGAUACUGAGUUACAGAAAGCCUUGAAGCACCUAUUAACGGCCUCGUGGCAGUCCGAUCCAUCAGCACUAGAGCUCAUGGCCGUAGCCCUGAUACGAAUACUUCCAAAUUCAGCCUUGAAAAAUUUGAAGUUGGUUUCGACCCGGGGAACUCACCAGCUGGCCAGCGUAGCAGAAGCAGCGAGAAAAGUAGCUCGAGAGAUCUUGGCCACCCAGGCUGAGUUCGGGGUGCAGCACGAGUCGGACAAGGACCUUGUUGAUAUUCUAUGUAAGUCCACAAAAACGUUCUUAAUUGCGGGACAUGAGACAACAGCUACGACUCUGUCCUGGCUGUUGUAUGAACUUGCCGCACAUCCCGACCAUCAAUCCAUAAUACGUGAAGAAGUAAAGCAUUCCAAUCAUGGCGACUAUGACUCUCUGCCAUUUUUGAACGCUGCAAUCAAAGAAACCCUUCGUCUCCAUCCCUUCUUACAUACACCUAUACGUGCUGCUCCUCAUGACGACAUUCUGCCUCUUUCGGGGUCUAAAACACUGGCAAUUCCCAAAGGGCAGACUCUCCUCUGUUCCGUGUACUUGUACAACCGCCUCCCAUCCAUCUGGAACGCCGACGCAGAAGAAUGGAACCCGGCCCGCUUCCUCGAAAAGAGUAUCCCUAUGUCGUUGGGAGUGUAUGCCAAUUUGAUGACGUUCAGUACUGGCUCUCAUUCGUGCAUCGGGUGGCGAUUUGCGGUCAUGGAGAUGCAAACGGUUCUAGCGAACCUCAUCCAAAACUUUGAAUUCAGUUUGCCCGAGGGCGUGGUAAUACAGCAGUUCCCCAAUGCGCAAGCGAUUGUGCCUGUUGUGAAGGGCGAAGCGCAUUUGGGUUCUCGGGUCCCUUUGAGAAUUAAGAGUUUGGAGUAG